CUCUCUCCCGGCCGGCUUCGGCUGGGGUUCGGCGGCUGCCAUUGGCUUAGCGGCCCCAUCCGGGCACUCGGCGCAGCGCUGCUCCUCAGCCCGGUCGUCCCAAUAUGGCGGAGGCUUCCUUUGGGAGUUCGAGCCCAGGUUCGUCCUCGCCCACCUCCUGCUCCGGCACCCGGCCUGCAGCCCGCACGCCGCGCUCGCCUUCCUGAUUCUUCCCAAAUUUAUCGUUUCGUACCUUUCCUAACGCUUCAUCUCCACGCAAUUAACCGCCUGCUAGAUAAAUUUGAGAGAAGGAGAUGUGAACUGUGAAGUCCUUCCUUUAACUCUCGUUGCAGUUAGUAAUUGGCUGCUCGGAACCCAAAAUGAGGACAACGUUUUGUUGCACUUUUAAGUCAGCAUCUCAGUAAAGCCAGUUGGCUCUUUAUCGUCAGAGGAUCAUGACUUUGACCCAUCUGCUGAAAUGCUGGUGCAUGAUUAUGAUGAUGAGCGAACCCUUGAGGAAGAGGAAAUGAUGGAAGAAAGCAAAAAUUUCAGCACUGAAAUCGAAGAUUUAGAAAAGGAAGGAAACAUGCCGUUGGAAGAUUUACUGGCAUUCUAUGGUUAUGAACCCACAAUUCCAGUUAUGGCAGGUUCCAGUGCGGAUAGCUCUCCAAGUGAACUUGCAGAUGAACUUCCAGAUAUGACUCUAGAUAAAGAGGAAAUCGCUAAAGACCUCUUGUCGGGUGAUGAUGAAGAAACACAGUCCUCUGCUGAUGACUUGACACCAUCAGUUACUUCACAUGAAGCUACUGACUUCUUUCCUCGGCCAUUAAGAUCAAACACUACGUGUGAUGGAGAUAAAGAAUCAGAUGGUGAAGAUGUAGAGGCAGACAAUGGUAAUUCAUCUGAAGAUUUGAGAAAGGAAAUAAUGGUUGGUUCACAGUACCAGGCUGAAAUUCCACCUUAUCUUGGCAGAUACACUGAUAAUGAAAAGGCCUAUGAAAAUGAAGACCAUUUACUUUGGAAGCCUGGCGUGAUCUCAGAAAGUAAAGUUAAAGAAUACCUUUUUGAAACUUCCUUAAGAACAGGAAAUGAAAAGAUGAUUGGCAGAAUUCCUGAAGGACUACAUACACGGGACAAUGAACAAGCACUGCAUGAACUUCUUAAAAGUAGCCAUAAUGUUAAAGAAGCAAUUGAGAGAUACUGCUCAAAAGGAAAGACAUCUCAGGAAGAGAUGACAGCAUGGACAGAAGAAGAAUGCAGAAGCUUUGAAGAUGCACUUAGGAUUUAUGGAAAAGACUUUCAUCUUAUACAGAAAAACAAGGUAAGAACCAGAACAGUUGCUGAGUGUGUGGCUUUCUAUUACAUGUGGAAAAAGUCAGAACGUUAUGACUACUUUGCUCAGCAAACAAGGUUUGGAAAGAAGAGAUAUAACCAUCAUCCAGGAGUUACGGACUACAUGGAUCGUUUGGUAGAUGAAGCAGAAGCCCUUGGUGGAGCUGUGCAUUCUUCAGCCUUAACAUCUAAUAAUCGAACAGAAACCAUUCCCGAUCAACAGCUGAGCAUUCUGAACUCUAUCACUGCCAAUGAGUUGACAGCAUUGACGAACAGUGUAGCUACAGUCUGCCAUACUUCAGAUGUGAACUGCCUGGAUGAUGCCUUUCCUCCUAUGGACAGCUUACCCCGAGCACCAGUUAAUCAUGUGCCUGUUGGAACAGAAGAAUUGCUCAGCUUGCCUACCAAUGGUGAAAGUGAUUGUUUUAAUUUAUUUGAGACUGGCUUUUAUCAUUCAGAGCUAAACCCAGUGAACAUGUGCAGUGAGGAGACAGAAAGGCCUGCAAAGAGAUUGAAAAUGGGGAUUCCUGUCCCAGAAUCUUUCAUGAAUGAUGUCUCUGUAAAUAACCUCGGUGUAGACUUGGAGAACCGCACACAUCAUAUUACCAGUGCCAAAAUGGCUGUUUCAGUGGCUGACUUCAGCAGUCUAUCUGCAAAUGAAACAAAUGGUUUUAUCAGUACCCAUGCGCUUCACCAACAUGCUGCCCUUCACUCAGAAUGACUGUGGAAAACUAAACAAAACAGUGGGUACUUUAUGCAGUAGUAAACUUGAUGGGAGCUAUCAGGUUUGCUUAGUCUUUCACUGGAAGUUUGAACUUUAUGACAUCAGUGAUGUCUUUGUAUGUAUAGAACUAUAUCUUGAUUUAUCAAGAGUAAUUUCUUUUUUCAGUCCAUAAAUGUGGAAAUGUCAUAGGAUGUUAGGCGGAGUUUGGGACUCAGAGAACUCUGUGGUGCAGCUUUAAGCUCUGCUUCCAUUUUUUUUUAAAGCCUGUAGACGGAGGCCACCAUUUCAAAACCAGCACAGAAGUUCUGACUGGAUUGGAGUGGCUUUUUAGUCUAAGUUACUUUUGCUGUGACGGAUGCAGUGGAAUAACAAUGUUUACAGGUACCGAUCCUGAUCCCUGCUCAAUGUAGCAUUUAUUUUUUUUUUUUUUCUUAUAAAGGCAGGGAUGGGUUUCUUUAAUUUAAACUGCACAAACAUACACGGAUGUUUUUUAGAUGGAACCUUCUCUCAUGUGAUACUAAACUAGAGCACUUCAGUUUACAAAACAGCAAGUUCAUCUUGGUGGAAGCUAGCACAAGGGACUUAACAUGGGUAAAGUGUGAAGACCUACACUUCGAUCCUGUUGCAAAAAACUACAGGCCAUGGCUACCUUACACAGAAGUAAUAAUGCUGCCAUAAGUGUCUGUGUACUUUAAAAUUACUGGCUGAAACAGAUGCUGUUUAGGCUAUAUUGUGUUUUGAUGGGUUUUGUCCACAACCUUGGAGAGUAAUGUGAUCAUGCACCUAAGACAGCUGUUGGUGUAUAAAGCUAUAGUCCUCACAGCUUGGGAUUUACCACUAAACAAACAGUCUGCAUUUGGAAGACAUCUUAAAUUGUUUGGAGCACUGCAGUUCAAAGUGUUAGUUUUGAGGGACUGUCUAGUUUAGAUAGGAAUAGUAGAACCUUGAAGUAUGUAUUUUAAAGUUUUUCUUUAGUAUGGAUUGCAUUUAUUUGUUUAGACAAGUCAUUGGCUUAAAAAUGGCACUUCGCUCCAUUGCUCAGAUAGGAAAGGUUAAGUAAAAAUGUUUCUCAGCAGCUACUUAACUUCCAUAAAUUUUUUAUUUUGAACAUUGCGUGCAAUUUAGCCAUCCAGGAAGUUUGUCUGGCUAACGUUUGUUCUAAUUCCUGCAGGGAAGUCAAACCAAACAUAGGACUGGAUUGCAACAGUUGUAGCACAGAAUUUAACAGGGUUUUUCAAUUAGACUCUGAACCUCACUUAAAUAGAAUAACCCCUUUCCCUCCAUACUUUUCUUUGCACUGUUUGUAUUACAGAUUUAAUUGCCACUGAUUUGUUUUCAUUAUUCAAGUGAUUAAGUUUGGGUUGUUGGUAUUUGUAGUGGUUGCUUCAAGGUGAUGCUGAGUAAUUAGAAACUAGUGACUUAAAUAUUUGAAAGGGAAGAGGGUAUUUAUUAUGCAUACUGUGAACUGCAUUGACAUCCUGAGUUUGGGAUGCAGCAUGUGGAGUUCUCUUUACAGCAUUGUAAUGAAGAUUGCUUUGAAGUGUUCAUGCAGUAGCACAUUUACCAUAUUAAAAACAAAUUAGUUUAGUACAGUGGACAAAAGUAGAGAAGAUUUUGUAAUCAGUUUUUAACUUACACAUCUGAAAUAGGUAACUUUAGUAAGUACACAGUAAAUAAUGGGUAGCCUUGGCCCUGUGUUGUACUCUUGACAUUUUUAGCCAAGUUGUCAGCUUCUUGCUGCAUUUUGUGCUGAACUUUGUACCUGGUUUCUUUUCUUUAUGAAUCAGCACAUUUUAUGUAAUUUUGUAAAAUACUGGCCAUGAUCUUCCAUUGUUACACAUUCAAGUUUAUCUAUGGGUUUACAGUGAGUGGCUGGUCUGUACAGAAAUCAUUAUACAAAGAUGACUGAAUGCUUAUACCAGUUGCACUUAAAUGAACAUGCCCAUUCUCAUUAGCUGAUGCAGUAAUAUAUUCAGUUUAUCUAUGCAUUGCUGGGCUCUUAAUGUAGACAGAGGCUUGUCUAAGGUUUGGGUUGUCAGCAAGUUGAAUGGACACUUUAGUUAUUUAAUAAAGACUUUUGACCAAAAUUCAGAAAAUGAUAUGAGAGAAAAAUGAAUUCCGGCUAGUCUAAGUAGAUUUUUAAAUGCUGAUCAUAUUUAGCCUGUUGGCUAGCUAGCUGGUGUCGUUUACUUUUAAUUCCUUGUUAAAAUGAGGCAAUAAUUUGCAAGAUUUUGUAAAUAUGUAAAUUCUUCAUAUCUUUUUAGAUAUCUAUUUCAAUAUUUUCUGACUACUUCCAUGUAUAGUAACAUUUUUGUGCAUGCUUGAUGUGACAUUCAUAAAUUUGUACCACUAUGACUUUAUCCAUGUAAAAUAGCUAUUUAUUGAAAUUUUCUGUUAAAAGCUGGACUUACUUAUUUUUCUCUCAGUUUAAACAUUUAAAUGGAGAACUUGUUACUGUUUAUUAAAAGAAUUGUGUUUUGAAAGUCAGCAUGAAUAUAAAUGAAUUGCAACCAUAUGAAGAAAUUACAUUGCCUUGGUCCCUAGAUGGUGAAGCACAAUUCUUAUAACAAACUGUGAUGAAUUCUUUGUCCUUAGACACACUUGUUCUUCCUAUAGACAAACCAAAAAAUGCAUAAGGGGCAAUUGCAGUGUUGGUAGAUGUAUACUUUUUAUGUACAGGGAACCUGAAGAGGGUAGCUGAUUCAUUUAGAAGUGUAACUGGUGCUGUGAUUAUAGCAAUACUUUUGCUUUGGUAAGUCAUACGUCUCCUCAUAAUAGGUUUUUAAAUGUUUAGUUUUCCUCUUGUCAUGGUCAAGCCGCUGAAUUUACUUGAAGGAUGUACAAUACUGUUAGAAGAAUACUAAAUUGUGUACGAUUAGGUCAAUGAAUUGUGCAAUUGUUUCCUGUUUUUAAUUUUUAAAACUGAGGGUCAAAAACAUAGGAAAACUCCAGAUCAAGUAGAACAUAGUGAUACUACUUAAUUUAACCAAAGUCUAUAGUGAGUGUUUCAACUUUGAAUGUAAACUAGUGGAUAAACUGAUCAACAGGGACACUAUUUGCCCAGCAUUACAAGCACAUUGUCUACAGACAGGGAAACUAAAUACAGUAAUUUAUAAAGUAAUGACAAGGUUACUAUUUUUUUUAUUUCUAUUUUUCAUUGAAAGAAGGAGGAAGAUACUAGCAGUUGUAAAAUACAGUAGGAAUGGUUAUAGUCCUCCUGAUAAAACAGAGAUUCUAGUUAUUAGCAGUUCAAAGUACAUACCCUGUGCAUAACAACAAGUCUAGUGACAAUCGGAACAUGUUUUAGUAUCAGAUGUUCAAGAGGAAGUCGCUAUUGUUGCAUUGGUUUUAAUAUUUGUACAUAAACACUGAUUUUUUUGAGCCUUAUUUUGUAUUUGUUGUACUUUAAUACCUGGUGUACAGUUCCAGAAAUAAAUGUCUGGAAACCUUU